GGCCUGAUGGAUGCCUGGUGUGGAUGAUGAGGGAGGAACUCGCCUCCCACACCCAACAGGUGACCCCGGAGCGAGGCCCAGAUGACCCUGCGGACUGGAACAAUGCGGCUGGCCUGCAUGUUCUCAUCCAUCCUGCUGUUCGGAGCUGCAGGCCUUCUCCUCUUCAUCGGCCUACAGGACCCAACAGAGCUCACCCCUCAACAGGUGCCAGGAGUAAAGUUCAACAUCAGGCUACAGCAGCCCCACAACGACUUCCCACCAGGCAAGUCUCAGGAUGGUGAUUUUAAGACACCCACAGAGAAGGACACCCGAGACUUGUCCAGCCAGGCACCGAUAGGCCUCAACCUGCUGGUGCCUGACCGAGCUCAAGCCCACCUAAACAGAGGGGCUCGUCUGCGCCCCCGGCAGCGCCGCCGGCGGCUGCUUAUCAAGAAAAUGCCAGCAGCGGCGGCCAUCCCGGCCAACAGCUCGGCCGGUACCUUUGUCCGGCCAGCAUCCCGGGCCCUGGACAGCCGUUGGGUCAGCCUGCACCAGAGGCAGCAGGAGCGCAAGCGGGUGAUGCGGGAGGCGUGUGCCAAGUACCGGUCGAGCAGCAGCCGCAAGGCCGUCACGCCGCGUCACGUGUCGCGCAUCUUCGUGGAGGACCGCCACCGCGUGCUGUACUGCGAGGUGCCCAAGGCGGGCUGCUCCAACUGGAAGCGGGUGCUCAUGGUGUUGGCGGGGCUGGCCUCGUCCACCGCCGACAUCCAUCACAACACCGUCCACUACGGCAGCGCCCUUAAGCGGCUGGACACCUUCGACCGCCAGGGCAUUCUGCAUCGCCUCAGCACCUACACCAAGAUGCUCUUUGUCCGCGAACCCUUCGAGAGGCUGGUCUCCGCCUUCCGCGACAAGUUCGAGCACCCCAACAGCUACUACCACCCCGUCUUCGGCAAGGCCAUCCUGGCCCGGUACCGGGCCAACGCCUCCCGGGAGGCCCUGCGGACCGGCUCUGGGGUGCGCUUCUCCGAGUUCGUCCAGUACCUGCUGGACGUGCACCGGCCGGUGGGCAUGGACAUCCACUGGGACCACGUCAGCCGGCUCUGCAGCCCCUGCCUCAUCGACUAUGACUUUGUGGGCAAGUUUGAGAGCAUGGAGGACGAUGCCAACUUCUUCCUGAGCCUCGUCCGCGCGCCGCGGAACCUGACCUUCCCGCGGUUCAAGGACCGGCACUCGCAGGAGGCGCGGACCACGGCGCGGAUCACGCACCAGUACUUCGCCCAGCUGUCAGCCCCGCAGCGGCAGCGUGCCUACGACUUCUACUACAUGGACUACCUGAUGUUCAACUACUCCAAGCCUUUCGCUGACCUGUACUGAGGGGCGGGGCGGGGCCGGCCGGCGGUGUGCGCCCUGCCCACCCACUCACCUGUCCGCGGGGCAAGCUGCUCUCGGCGGUUCCUCAGCCAGGAGUCAAGAUGUUCCCAGAGCAACGGGCGCCCUGGGGACGCGAGAUGCCCUCGCUGCUG